AUGCGCUCCGUAUCCGAAGCCGAGAAGCACUGGCGCUUGCUCGACAACUUCCAUUCCUUGACCGAUCUCAAGAUUCACGUAUCCUCCCACAAGGAGCCCCAAAUUACUGCAGGCCUCCGAUCCGUCUGCUGGAAAAUCUUUCUAGUCUUCAAGACUCUCGAUCGUUCGUCAUGGCCCACCCACCUCAGCCAGGCGCGCAAGACAUACGAAUCCCUCCGUACUCACUACCUCCGUGCCAUACAGAACCCAAAUGAGUUCGAAUCUACCGUCGAUCCCCUGAGCGAGCUAUCAGAGUCCCCAUGGAUAGCCCUACGAGCCGACGAGGAACUUCGGACCGAAAUAUUUCAAGACAUUGAGCGAUGCAUGCCCGAUAAUGUAUACUUUCGCCAGCCCGCCACCCAAAACAUGAUGCUGGACAUUUUGUUUGUGUGGUGUAAAAUGCAUCCCAACAUUGGCUAUCGGCAGGGCAUACACGAGAUACUAGCCCCUGUGCUGUGGGUUGUGGAAAGAGAUGCCAUUCAGCUCGUGGGCCAGAAACCCGGUGCCAAAGAUCGCACGCUCGCAGAUAUGCUCGAUUCUGCAUACAUUGAGCACGAUACCCACAUGCUUUUCUCUGUCAUCAUGCAGACUGCAAAGUCGUUUUAUGCCCCAGCGGAGAUUGGCUCAACUUCCAAAGAGACUCCAAUGCUUGCUCGCAGCUCUAGGAUCUUCGAUGACUACCUGUCGAGGGUUGAUCCAGGAUUGCAUGGCCAUCUCGUGAAGCUUGACAUUGUUCCUCAAAUAUUCUUGCUACGCUGGAUUCGUCUUCUUUUUGGAAGAGAAUUCUCUCUUGAUGCUGUCUUCGACAUGUGGGAUGCUCUGUUCGCGAUAGACUCCACACUAGAAUUAGUCGACAUGAUUUCCAUCUCCAUGUUACUGCGCAUACGGUGGGAGCUGAUCAAGGCUGAUACCAACGAAGCUUUUGCUUUUCUGCUCAGAUAUCCGGAGCCGGCCAACCCACCUUACACCUUCAUCAAAGAUGCUUUGUAUCUGCGUGACCACCUAACCCGACAGGGCGGCGUAGAAAUCAUCACAAGAUACGGAAAGAAAGCCCCUGUUUUUGAGUCUGAGACGAUAACAAGUCCUCGUGAUGCUUCGCCAUCACCAUCGUUCGCCUCAAGCCGAACACGGAAUAACCUGGGGUCGCCAAGAAGCUUUGUCAGCCAACAAGGUGCUGGCAUAGAGGCAUUGAUUCAAGGCGCUGCCAAAAAUGUAUUAGAUCGCGGAUCGCAAUGGGGUGUAGGAAAGGCUCUACGAGAUGCCGUAGGGGAAGUAAAGAAGAAUGUCGAAGCCUACCAGUCAGGAGUGAGUUCAGGCAAUGCAACGCCACGAUCUGGUGCAAGAGAGUUUCGAAAACCCAGCCUGCCAACAACCGCUGCCAAUGGGCAGCCCAGCCUGGAAAGAACACAUUCGGCCAAAAGCAUGAGUAAAGUAGAGGAGCUCGAUCGUAGAAACAAGAAUCUGGCCAAGAUGCUGGAGGCUGCAAUCGGUGAAUUAUGGGAGCAUCACCGCGAACGUGACGAGGCACAAAGAGCAAAUACAGAUGAUGAAAAGGGCAAAGAGGCUAUUGAAGCACUUAGUCUUGCCAUUGCAAAGGUACAAUUUGUACAGGUAUACCUGGAAGAUUCAUCCAUCCCGUUGCCUGUUGAUGAAGCAACAGAGCAGGCUGCAACUGCACAGGCUACAGCAACUCUCGCUUCUCCAAUCCCACCCUCCGUAACAGGACCCGAACAGAGUUCGAAGAUCCAGCCUGUUACAUCCACGGCAAGUCCUCGUCCCACCACACCUUUGGUAGCAGUGCCAAGUAAUCCUACUCCAAUUAGUUCACGCCCGGCAUCCCCUCCUGCCAGCACACUGUCGCCACCAUCGAAGCUCGCCUCGUCUCUAUCCCCGAGGUCACGGCCACACCUCACCUCUUCAAGCUUUUCAUGGAUGCUGGGCGAAGACUCUGCGUCCUCCAACUUUGCCUCCGGUACAGCACAUUCGACCUUUUCAUCUGACGAGAAGAGGCGGAUGAAGGGCAAAGGAUUUUUGUUCGGCGAUGAUGAUGACGAUAGUAGUAGCAUCAAGGAUGGGAAGAGGGGGGUUGGUGGCAGCAAGAGCGGCACAAAGAGUGCUAAGAACACAAAGGGUAAAAGUGUGCCAGAGCCUGAAGUGGAAGAAGAAGUAAUCGAUCUCGCAAACAUGGGUAACAAAGGAGGGGUGGUCUAA